AUGGCGCUCACCCUCCCGCAACCGCAGCCGCAAUGGCUCGUCGACCUCAACACCACCGCGCUGGUCCCGGCCAAGAACACCACCGCCCUUGCCGACCCCCCGGGCUAUUCCGCUCCAGCUCCCGCCUCCAGCAAGGCCAACAAGAAGGCCGUCUCCACGCGAAAGGUACCUACGACGGAAGAGAUGGACAGCCUGAAGUCACCGCUGACACGGAGGUUCUCAAGGUUGAAGAAGGCGUGGGAAUUGGCCCUCGCGCCCGCCAAACAGCUGCCCAUGAACGCCAUAGGCAUGUACAUGACGGGCAAUGGCCUCCAGAUCUUCAGCAUCAUGAUGGUCUUCAUGUUGUUCAAGGGACCGAUACAAGCGGUGCUAAACAUACAAAACACUUUCUCGAGAUUGGAGAGCCCGGGAAAUAAAGAGCAGAUGAUCAUGGUGAAGUUGGCAUUCAUUGGGUGCAAUCUGCUCGCGCUAGCUUUGGGGAUAUGGAAGGUUAAUGCUAUGGGGCUCUUGCCGACUACGAGGUCAGACUGGCUAGCCUGGGAGUCUGCAAGAGAGCCGAUAGAACGGGCCAUUUACGUGCAGUGGUGA